AUGCUGUAUCCAUCCACCUUCCCGCCUCUUGACAUUCCCGAUGGGAUUGACCUUUGGACUCUCAUGUUCGGUGACAGGCACCGAGACUUCCCUGUAACUAAGGAGAUCUUGACAUGCGACGAGACAGACCGCUCCUAUAGCUGGGGAGACAUACGCAGUGCCUCAAUUGCGUUUGGCAGGGGACUGAUGGCCGUUUGGGGGUGGAAGACGGGUGAUGUCCUAGCCUUCUACACACCCAAUUCCAUCGACACUCCCAUACUCACCCUCGGCGCCCUCUGGGCCGGCGGCAUCGUCUCCCCGGCCAACCCCCUCUACACCGUUGACGAAUUGGCAUUCCAGCUCCACGACUCAGGCGCAAAGGGCCUCGUCACCCAACCAGCCAACCUCCCGGUCGCCAUUGCUGCAGCGCAAAAGGCCAAUCUCCCGCUCGACCGCAUCAUCCUCGUUGGCCACCACCGUGACCCCUCCGGGCAGAUCCGCCACUUCUCUAGCCUCACCACCACCACCACCACCACCACCAAACCUGCCACCCCCCAACAAUCCCCCGCCUUCAUCGUCUACAGCUCCGGCACGACGGGCCUCCCCAAAGGCGUGUGCCUCACGCACCGCAACAUGGUCGCCAACGUGCUCCAGGCGAGCUACGUCGAAGGGCGGCAGUGGCGCGCCGUCGGCGGGCCCGACGGCCGCGGCGACAAGCAGCUCGGCGUGCUGCCCUUCUUCCACAUCUACGGCCUGACCUGCGGCGUGCUGAUGUGCGUGUACGAGGGCUGGCAGCUGGUCGUGCUGGAAAGGUUUGACAUGCUCAAGGCGCUGCGCGCCAUCGAGCGGCAUCGCAUUACCCUCGCCUAUGUCCCGCCGCCGGUGGUGCUGGCGUUUAGUAAGCACCCGGCCGUGGAUGGGUUUGAUUUGAGCUCGUUGAAGGUGCUGCAUUCUGGGGCGGCGCCGUUGUCGAGGGAGUUGACUGAGGCGGUGUGGGCGCGGUUAAGGGUGCCGGUGAAGCAGGGGUUUGGGUUGUCCGAGACCAGUGCGGUCGUGUGUUGUCAGGUGGUGGAUGAGUGGGGGAAGUUUAUGGGGUCGGUGGGGAAGAUUAUGCCGAACAUGAGCGCGAAGAUUGUGGGCGAGGAUGGGGAGGAAGUGGCGGAGGGGGAGCCCGGCGAGCUCUGGUUGAAAGGCCCCAAUGUCUUCCCCGGGUACUUCAAAAACCCGGAGCGGACCAAGGAGGCCUUUUCGGCUGACGGCUUCUUCAAGACGGGAGACGUCUUCAGGCGUGACAAGCACGGCAACUACUACUGCGUGGACCGGCUCAAGGAGCUGAUCAAGUACAAUGGCUAUCCCGUCCCGCCAGCCGAGCUGGAAGGUGUCUUGAUAGGCCACAAGGAGGUGGCGGAUGCCUGUGUCAUCGGCGUCGAGGACCAAGCGAAGGCAACCGAGGUGCCUCGGGCAUAUGUGGUUCUCCGCGACGGCGUAGCGGCGAGCGAGGCCAAGGCGCAGGAGCUCGCAGAUUGGGUUGCAACCCAGGUUGCCCCUCACAAGAAGCUGCGUGGGGGGAUACGGUUUGUUGACCAGAUCCCCAAGUCGCCCAGCGGAAAGGUGUUGAGAAGGGUGAUGCGGGAGCAGGUGAAGAAGGACGAGCGGGCGUCUGGGGCAAAGCUGUAG